AUGGACGGCCCUCAUGUCUCCCCCCUCCAUCAUUAUCCGCCGCCGCCCUUCACUCACUGCUCAAAUAUGCCCUCCUUCCACCAGUCCAGCCAAUCUCCAAAGGCCACCACCAACGGCCAACACAAGCCCGGCCACCAGCCGAGUCAGUCGGUAGACAGCAACACUGACCGCGCUCGCGCCUACAAGUCGCGCAACAAGAGACCGUGCGACUUCUGUCGAUAUAAGAAGGCCGCCUGUCACCUGGAGACUGCCCCACCUUGCGAGCUGUGUAUCAGGUAUAACAAGGAGUGCACCUUUGUCGAGUCGCCCGCCAAGAGGCGCAGACCUAACGAGCAGAAUGGACAUGUCCACAAGUCGGUCGAGGGCCUGUUCAAGCACUCGUCGAAUGGCAGUCUCGACCACAGACACUCGUUCAGCCACGGAGGCAUUGCGAGCAUGGGAUUACAACACGAUCUCAUGCCAUGGGAGAACGGAGGAAUGACUACGCCCUUCGAGAUGCCCGGCAUGAACCUGGGCGGCAGCAUAGCUCCGGACUUUCCCUUCGAUCCACAGCUAUAUCAAGAACCCAUGCAAUUCGACACUUUCGAUCCCUUGUCGUCGGCGUCGACGACGACCAUGAACAGCAACAAGAUGGAUUCAGGCCAUCAACAGACUCGAUCGUCCAUGGAAACGACCUCUCCUCAGUCACAAUCCGCUGCGUUACCCGUCAAACUCUCGCUACCUUUCGACUCCACCUCCGGUGAGCCCUCGCUCGAUCGACAAAACUCCUCCAAUGCCCAGAUCGUGGGCGUCAGUGGAGAGUCAGAUCCGUAUCUUCUCUCCAAGUAUCGAUAUGACGAAUACAACGAAGCCACCUUCCAGUCAGUCCGCUUGCGCAAGAUGAGCAGCGGUCCUGCAGAAUGCGAUAGCAGUGUUCCGACCUUCUUCAUGAUUCAACCCAACGCUCUAGCUUCCAAGGCGCAGCCACAGCGCAAAGAGGACAGUCAAGACCGAUGGCGAAGAGAGCUGGAGGAGGUCGUCAGCGAGGAUAUAGGGAAGAGAUUGAUACGACUAUUCUACAGAUACGUGCAACCGUACUUCCCCAUUCUCAGCAGGGAGGAUGGCACGGGGAUGCGAGAGCCGAGAGAGCUGCCUCCUUGUGUGCUUGCGGCAAUCUACGGACAUGCUCUGCCAUUCUGUCCAUGGGACGAGCAGCUUUGUGUGGAGGUGUAUACGCCGCCGUCAGCAGAUGCGCUCUUCAAGAUUGCAUGGCUGUCCUGUCAACCGCUGCUGCACACACCGAACAUCCCCGCGAUGCAGACGCUGCUCCUGCUUGUACAGCGCCGGCCUACCAACCGGCACGUCAGUGACACACCCUUCAAGUGUGUCAUCAUGACCACGGCAGUGAGCAUCGCCCAAGCUCUAGGCUUGAAUCGCGACCCAACAGAUUGGCCGAUUCCUUCCUGGGAGAUCAAACAACGGAAACGCCUGGCCUGGGCGACGUACAUCCAAGACAAAUGGAUUGCUUUGAAUUUCGGUCGCAGUAGCCACAUUCAAGCAGACGACUGGGAUGUCCCCCCACUCACUGAGGAUGAUUUCCCGGAAGCAGAUCGACGAUUCGACGAUUCGCCUGAGCAGACCGCCACGUUUACUGCGCAUCACUUCAUCAAGCUGUAUGAACUGACGCUGGUUGUCGACGACAUCCUCCGCGACCUCUUCAGCAUCAAAGCCACACGACGACUCCACAGCAGUCUCGAAGCAAUCCUGGAAGUAGCCAAGCCGCUCCGGAUCCGACUGACGGAGUGGUUUCAGAGUCUCCCGCCGGGGUUACUUCCCAGCCAACCGAACGGCGGUUCAUCGAUUGGCUCUCCUGAGAGCGUCAGCCGCAGGACAUCCCUCCAACAUCUGGAACUCGAUGGCAAUGGCUCCCUUCAGCUGGCAUACAUCACCGCAAAGAUUGAACUCUUCCGCGCCAUGUUGCGACCCAAAGUCACCGACGCCAACGCCGCCGCCGUGACGGCUCUCCGGACGGGCGCGCUCGCCGUGGCGAAGGAAAUCUCCGAAGUCGUCGAGAGCCUGCAAGCGCGAGAGCUCGAGGCUUUCUGGGCAUCCUGUAAGUUCUCCCCCCUCCGAAUCCCCCCCCCUCUCCGCAUCGCAUCCAGUCCGCUAACGAUUCUUUGUUCUGUUCUGUCGCAUCGUAGACGCCCGCACCAACUUCACCAUCGCCAGCAGUUUCAUGGUCCUCCUCUUCGUCACCUCGCCUACCGUGCCGGACGCGAAGGAAUGUCUGGCGGUGCUGAAUGCGUGGCGCAGCCUGCUGCGCAUCAAAAGUCGGAGUUGCGAUCUGUUGAAUCUGGCGCUGCUCCGGCUGGAUGGGGUUUUCGUGAAGGGGAUGGAGCGGUUGGUGGAGUUGAGUCCUAGUGCGGGCCAGGCUUGGGCGGAGAGUGGGAUGAAAGGUUAA